GAAUUUAAAAGAUUAGCCAAUUGAGCCACACAACAGACAAAACUUUUACUUUGAUAUUUCAAGUAAAAUGGAUCAGCCCAAUGCCGCCGGCUCGUCCGGUGUAGUGAGAAAUAGUGCGCUGUCGUUCGUUCAAGAAGCUGCGCUUGCGCAGGAAGCUUCUCAAACACAGGAUGUAGCACACGGUUCCAAGGAGCAAGUAGGGCAAGACAGAAUGGUGCCAGCAGGACUGAAGGCAUUAUGUGAAGCCUAUUCCGGUCUGUAUCCGGACCAGCCAAAUCCAUUGCAAGUGACAACCAGACUCAAAUAUUGGUUAGGCGGCCACGAUCCGUUGGAUUACAUCAGCAUGUACUGGAACCCCGGCAAGCCUGAAGAGAACAUACCGGCUCAUUGGCAUUAUGUCAGUUUCGGGCUAUCGGACUUGCACGGCGACGGGCGCGUGCACCCGCUGGGCUCCCCGUGGUCGGGCUACGGGUUGGAGCUGACCCUCCGCCUGGCGGCCGACGCUGGUGUGGCGCAGCCCCCGCUGUGGCCCGCGGCUUUACUGCAAGCGCUGGCGAGAUACAUUUUUACCACGGGUAACAAGUUCUGCGCCGGCGACCACAUAAGCUGGCACGCUUCCCUAGACGGGCAGGCUAACCAGAAGGCGCGGGUUCGACACCUGCUCGUGGCUGCAGAUCCCCAGUUGAAGGCCAUAGACACACCGCACGGAACCGUCGAGUUUAUACAGGUCGUCGGGUGCACAGGCAGGGAAUUAAGGGCUGCCCAGCGAGGUUCCUGUACAGACGUACUCAAACUGAUUGGGGAGGAUCCUAGAUGCGGCGCGGGCGCUUGGCUAGUGACGCGCGUGUCCCGCGGGGGCUCGGCGCGGGGGCUCCGCAGGCGGGGCGGGGGCGGGGGCGGGGGCGGGGGCGGGGGCGGGGGCGGGGGCGCGGGCCGCGGGCGCUCCGGCCCGGCUCACUUGGCCGGAGUCUCCGCGGCGCUCAACUACCACGCCCUGCCCGAUACACAGUCUAGCAGCGGUGACAGCCCUUCGUCCCCAGGGCUGUCACCCACCGUCGAGCAAGAGAUUAAAGAUACCCUUCAAAGGGGGCUGAGCACCAUGAGCAUAGACAGAAGCGGCCCUGAGGGGCACAUGUCUACGGAUAGUUUUGAGAUGUCGAGUAUGGAGCGAGCACUGCCCAGGAUACCGGAAGUGAUGCAGGGUUCUUGGCGUGGAGAAGACGACAUUGAGUACUAUCCCGGGGUACAUUUAAUAUUGAACGCAGAAGGAGCCAGCUUACUGCCUCUAGCCAUAGACGGUCGUGUCCUCCACGGGCGUCACUUCACGUGGCGGUGCGGGUCCCGCGCGGUUACCGUCCUGCCGCCCGGGCUCCCGGGGGCAAUUCCUACCAACCAUCAGCCCUACGCGGCGAGAGGACAGUGGAUGCAGAUUCUGUUACCGAAACAUUUGGCGAUGGACAUAUCGAAGAAAGUGUCCAGCUUCGAGACUCUGGCCGAAACCGAUUCGGAGUCGGACAGCGGCGACGAGGAGCGAAAGAGAGAACCGAUAAUGCUGCCUCUGACUUUAUUCUGGCCCGAGUUCAACUUGAAAAUAACCAUAGUACAAGAGUUGGAUGUGUUAUAACGUGCACUUUGCAUUUCUUUCAUUAUAAGUAGACUUGCAACGAAUAUUCGGUUACUAUUCGGUGUUCGGCCUAUUCGGCUGCUUUUAUUAUAUUCGGCCGAAUACCGAAUAUCUACAUAUUAUUCGGCCGAAUACCGAAUACUUAAAUAAUAUAUUUUGUCAUAGAGAAAUAUUUAGUAAAAUGAAAAAUUAAAAUAUUCAUAUUUUCAUUUCUGUAUAUAAUCAUUUAAGUAGUCAUUGGUACAUAAUCAUCUUCUGAAUUGGAAAAAUGGAGAAUCCUGUAUUUGAAUAAUUGUGGAACCUAAUCAAAAUUUAGAAGGGUAAGGUUCUCAUUUCUUUUAUAAUCAUUUAUUAAGUAGUCAUUUGUACAUAAAACAGGUACAUAAUUUAAUCAUUUUCUGUAUUUAACAAGUUAACAGUUUAAAUUCAUUUAGUCAUGUGAUGAAUGGUUACAUAAUAGCAAUAAUUUUAAGUUUACGCGCCGUUUUUGGCCAUAUCUCAAAAGUUGGUUUUGUCAUUUAGCCGCAUUUUAGCUUGAGGACGGCAGAUUAGAACAAAACAAAGGAGCGCGAAACAAUCACGUCUGUACAAGUUUUUGGCGCUAUAAUCCAGCCGAAUACUUUUGCCUAAUAUUCGGCUAUUCGGUCAGGUGCCUCGCCGAAUAUUCGGUAUUCGGUAUACUGCCGAAUAUACUAUUCGUUGCAAGUCUAAUAAUAAGUACUUAUAUUAUAUUUUUUGUAAAUUUGAAAUAAAAUAUUUUAUAAUCAACUAUUUAUUACGUUUGUUGUAUUUUAUUGCAUAAACUCAAGGAUAUUAAAUACCGUAGAUACAACAACACUAACAAAAUCGUGACCAAAACCUGUCCAAAAGGUACAUUGGACGAUCCACGGGGCUCCGUAAGAUGAUUGCGUUGUCAAAAAUCAUAUAAGGCAUUAUUUAAAGAUUGAAAGUCAAAUUUAGUUUAUACUGUAUAAGGUUGUAGGAAGGCCAAAGGGGAAGAUCUUCCUCCGAGCUGGGUGAUGGUAGCUCGGGGGCCGCGGCCCGACUGAUGUUGGUCGGGCAUCGUAUAUAUGAAGAGUUAGCCUUCGAAUUUCAUUUGCGCGAUGUAGGCUUCCAUACUAAUAUUGAUCGCAGUGCAGGUAACGCCAUCUCUUGAGGAUGGUGAGUAAUGAUUUCCUCCAUCCGUUGUAAAUAUGUGGGGCAUAUAGAUGUCGCCGCCACA